UUACCCCUCAGGAGAUAAAUACAUGUAGAUGGAACUUCAUGGCCCUUCGUUACUUUCGUUACUUAAUGUGCGUCUACUGUGGGAAGCCAUUUUAUUAAGAUAAAAAAAUUCACACUAUUACAGGCGUAUUGGAAAGGAACGUCUUCCAACAAGGAGCGAUUGGUCUGUGCUGGACAAGAAUGCGACUUUCGUGGUGCGGAAAACCCGAAAGAACAACAUCUACGUAGAGGACAGACUCCCCAGCUCAGCCGGAAAUCCUUAUCUGGUCAUGGCUGCCACAGUGGCCGCCGGUAUAGACGGGAUCAGGAACAAGAUACCCCUGCAAAAUAAGACAGAAGAUUUCUGUGUCCUCCCACCGGACCUAGAGACAGCCUUGACCUGCCUACAAGAGGACGCUGUGCUGGUGGAUGCCCUGGGCAAAGACCUGGUCGAACUCUUUGUGGCAACCAAAACAAUGGAGAUCCAUCACCUUAAGAGUAUGGAGCAGACCAGCGGCACAGACAGCUUUCAGAACGAGUAUCAUCUUUACUUUCAGAAUGCUUAA